GCCCAGGUCAUCGUUCUCUGUGUAGCGGCUCAAACGUUCUUUCUCGGUACAUCGAACUUUGUCCUCGGUUUAGACAUGGAAACUCGUUGCGAAUGCGCAGCUUCUACGACUACUGAGCACCCUUCUUCGUUUGCAGGCCCGAUAAACAGACGCGUCGUGCUCAAGUCUCGUCCCGGCGUCGAUGGCGAGCCGCAGCUGAGCAACUUCGCUACGGAACAGUGCGCUACACCGCAGGACUUCAUCGACGGCGAGGUCCUGGUUCGCAGCGUGUUCCUGUCAAUCGAUCCCGCCUUACGAUGUCGGAUGAACGAAAACACGGGCGUCCACUACCUGACGCCGUGGCUCGUCGGGCGCUGCGUCGAAGGACUGGGCGGAGUCGGCGUGAUCGAGCAAUCGCACAGUCCCCUUCUCGAGAAAGGCGAUAUUGUCUGCAGAGCCAUGUCGUGGCCUUGGCAGCUGUACUUCAAGACGACCGCCGAUUCGCUGCAAAAAUUGGACGUCCAGGAAGUCGGUGGCGACGUGUCCAUCGUGCUUACGUGCCUCGGUCUCACGGGACUCACGGCGCUGCUGGGACUGCGCGAAAAGGGCGGAAUCAAGCCGUCCGCCAACCAGACUUGUGUUGUGUCCGCGGCCGCCGGCGCCUGCGGAUCUCUGGCGGGCCAGAUUGCUAAGCUAGAAGGCUGCAAGAGAGUGGUCGGCAUAUGCGGCUCGGACGAGAAGUGCGACUUCCUGACCAAGACGCUCAAGUUCGACGCGGCCAUUAAUUACAAGACUCAGGACGUGGACAAGAGGCUGACUGAGACAUGCCCCGAUGGCGUUCAGGUCUACUUCGACAACGUCGGUGGCGCCAUCAGCGACGCCGUCAUCCGGCACAUGACUCCAGACUCGAACAUCGUGCUGUGCGGCCAAAUAUCCGUGUACAACAAGAGCGUGCACUACCCGCCGCCAUUGUCCGAAGACGUCCAGAAGAUCCUCAAGGAGAAGCGCAUCAGCCGCGACCGGUUCCUGGUGCUCCACUACCAGGACAAGUUCGACGAGUCCCUCGCCCAUCUGAAAGCCUGGCUCAACGAAGGGAAGCUGAUUACGCGUCAGACCGUCGAGAGGGGCAUCGAAAACGCGCCGCAAGCUUUCAUCAACAUGAUGAACGGAAAAAAUAUCGGUAAGCAAGUGGUCAUCGUCAGCGAUCUUACAGAAUCCACGUGACGUGCUUCAAGCCCGAAGAAAGUGUCCGCAACAUCUCAGAACACGACAAAUCGCAUCUCAGGUGUUGCUGGCAAGUAUACGUCGCAUAUCCCAAGUCUCUCUCGUUCUUUCUAGACUGUUUGAUCGUAAAGAAAACGAUUGUUCCCAGGGACCAAUAUAGAGUUAGGCUUCGACGGUGCGUGCGAUUCUUCGCUCUUAAUUAUCGCCGCUGUCUUGUAUCUGCGCUCGCAGAAAUCACCGCACUGGCCUUGCAUAAGUUCUAGGCUCGUUGUGUAUAAUAAACUUCUUAUGAUCGAAGG